AUGGCCGCGCGGGAGGUGAUCGCCGACCUUCACGCGGAAGGAUGCGGCGGGGUCUCGAGAAAUGUGGACCGGACGCGGCUGUCGGUGCGAUUCGUCGCGGGUAGGCGGCCGGCCUCCGACUCGGACCAGGAGCUGGUGGACAUGUGGCGAGCCGGGGCGGAAGUCGGGGACGUGGGUUCCAUCAGGGUGAUGGGGUUGCUGUACCAACACGGCGUCAGGGGGCUCGACCAGGACUUGGAGAAGUCGUACGAGAUGUAUGAGAUAGGGGCGGAGCUGUCGGACGCAGCCUCGAUGUCCUUCGCCGCAAACCUGCAGAUGAGAGGGGCCGGCACGCCGAUCGACUACAAGUCCGCCUAUAAGAAGUUCCUGGCGAGCAAGACGACCCACGUGAGCUUGAACGGGCUCGGCUACCUCUACUUGCACGGCCUGGGCGUGAAGCGGGAUGUCCGGGUCGCGUUCGAUUACUUCGAGCAGGCCCGGCGGGAGGACAAGGAGAAUCAAAACCCCGACAUUCUCUUCAACCUGGGGAUGAUGUACGUCUCCAACACGGUGGAGCUUGAUCUCGGCGGUACGAAGACGACAAUCAUGAGCGGGGGUGAGUCUGUGACCCUAUCUGCGAAGGAUACCAAGAAGGCCCUGGCCCACCUGACGGCGGCGGCGGCGAUGGGGCACGUGGAGGCCAUGUUCCAGGCAGCCGUGCUCCAGGCUGACGAGGGGGAGGAGCCUCUCACGGCCACCCGGUGCCAGUCCGCCGUGAGCCUUUUCAAGAACGUUGUCGAGAGGGGGCCGUGGAUGGACGGCAUGCAGGCGGCGCUGCGUCGGGCGACGGCGGGCGAUUACGGCGGCGCGCUGGUUCUGUACUCGAGGCUGGCCGAGGUUGGGUUCGAGGUGGCCCAGAGCAACGCGGCGUGGCUUCUUGAGGCGGGGCACUGUAGCAACAACGGGGGCGCGUCGGCCAACAGCACCCAGGUCAACUGCGAAAAGAGGGCGUUGCGUCUGUACGAGCACGCGGCGAGGCAGGGGAGGGCAUCCGUUGAGAUGAAGGUCGGCAACUUCCACUACCACGGGAAGGCGGACCUUCAGGUGGACUACGAGAAGGCCGCCGAGCGGUACCUCAAAGCGUCGGACGCGAAUCACGCAGAGGCGCUAUUCGGUAUGGGGUACAUGCACCAGAUGGGCAAGGGAGUGCCGCAGGACUUCUUCCUGGCCAAGCGUUACUUCGACCAGGCCGCGUUAGUCAGCUCGGACGCAGUGACCACGCCGCCGGCGCCGGCGACGACGAGGUCGAUGGUCGCCACGAAGAAGGGGAGGAGGGGGAGGUGUUUUCUACGACGGAAACGGUGUCCCUCGUGGCUCUGGUGA